GCUGAUAGCUAAGGACAGUCUAGGAAAUAAUCUAUUGCGCGCGACGAGAGCGCGUAAGAAUGAAAUGAUUAGCGCGUCAUGAUAUUGCAACUAAGUGAUUGAGUAAUGCAAGACACUGACUCAAACUGUUAGCUUUGCUUUUGUUUUUUUGCUUUGGACUGAUUUUAAACCAUCUUUUCACGGAAACUGUACAUCAAGAACUGAAAUUCUUCAGUUGGGGGAGCCUCGUUGCUUGAGUUUCCAAAGUGAAUAUUGCCUUAAAAACCAACGUUAAGAUACGUGCGGGACACCAGGUAUCCUAUUGCCUUGAACUAUGUCUAUGCCACCAACUUUUGGAUUUACCCAAGAGCAGGUUGCCUGCGUCUGCGAGGUCCUUCAGCAAGGUGGGAGUAUCGAACGUCUCGGACGCUUUCUGUGGUCCUUACCUGCUUGUGAGCACCUCCACAAAAACGAGAGCGUAUUGAAAGCGAAAGCCGUGGUAGCUUUUCACCGGGGUAACUUCAGGGAGCUCUAUAAAGUAUUAGAGAGCCACCAGUUUUCUCCGAACAACCACCCUAAACUGCAACAGCUCUGGCUGAAAGCUCACUAUAUCGAAGCGGAGAAAUUACGCGGUCGUCCUCUGGGCGCAGUGGGAAAAUACCGCGUGCGCAGAAAGUUUCCGCUGCCUCGCACCAUCUGGGAUGGAGAGGAGACCAGCUACUGUUUUAGGGAGAAGAGCCGGUGUGUGCUUAAAGAGUGGUACACUCACAACCCGUACCCUUCUCCGAGAGAGAAGAGAGAACUGGCCGAGGCCACUGGCCUCACCACGACGCAGGUCAGCAACUGGUUCAAGAACAGGAGGCAGAGGGACCGUGCAGCAGAAGCAAAGGAAAGGGAAAAUGAUGGUGCAAAUCCAAAUGGCCACAACCCACUGACCUCUCACGUGAACGAAAACAAAUCUCUAUGUGAAAGUUCAGAGGACGACAAAUCUCCCGCGGCGACCCCGGAUCACAGCUCCACGAGCCCAGCCAUCCUUAUGCCCUCCAGCUCAGGCCUGCCACCCCUGCACAGCUUCGCGCCUCCGCCCGGCCCCAGCGCCUCCAUCAUCCCCGUCAGCGGCUCAGACGCUCAGAGCCACCACCACUUCUCCAUGCACGACGGCCUUCUCAACAUCAUGACGGCCAGCCUGGUGGAACUUGGGUCAUAAGAAAUAAAACUCUUCAUCUUUGACUUUCCCCCCAGUUACUAGCUUCGUUAUCAUUGGCUACCAAACAUUUUAUUUGUCAAGCUUAGAGGACAUUCGACAAAAAAAUUCCAAGAACUACCAUAUGACGGGCCUACGUGAAAACUGUUUCCAUAAAAAUUCUGUAACAAUUCAAUGUAAUCAAGGGAUAGUUUUUGA